CUACGUGAGUAUGCUGCUUGCAGAGGCCCUGCUGGAAGAGUGCUUGAAGGAAAACUUUGCCAAACUGAAGGACUCCAUUCCGCUAGCAGAAAAGAAUGAACCGAAACUGAAUGAAGCGAAAAAGUAUUUGACCAAUAUCUUAAACAGAGGAAAACUACCACCUAAGUAUAUGACAGAAGCUAUGCUGAUCCUAGGAAAGCUUCAUUAUGUGGAGGGAUCCUACAGAGAUGCCAUCAGCAUGUAUGCAAGAGCUGGAAUUGAUGACCUCUCAAUAGCAAAUGCACCACUGUACAUGCUACGUUUGGUAACGGAAGCCUUUGUUAUUAAAGGUCUGUCGCUGGAGCGCUCAACCAACUCUGUUGCUUCACGUGCUCGUCUAUGUGAAAGGGAGGAGGAAGUCAUGGCCUGUUUUGAGACAGCAUGUGUCAUUGCUCAAGUGUACUUGCAGGAGCUUGAAAAGACCUUAAACAACACGCAUUCAAGGAAUUUAAAGGGCAGCAACGAGACUUACUCGGAGUUUGAACUGUCCUACUUCCUGGAAGCAGCUCUCCAGAGUGCCUAUGUAGCCCGUUUAAAGAAGGGAAAUAUUGUGAAAGGAAUGAGGAGUCUACGAGAAGUGUUGCGGACCGUGGAAACAAAAGCUACUCAGACCUUCAAAAUGACUGCAGCCAAACAGCUAGCCCAAGUGCUUCUCCAUUCCUUAAGCGAAGACUGUUAUUGGAGCCCUUUAUCCGAUCCUCUUCCUGAGUUCAUGAACAAGGAAGAUCAGUCUUAUAUUAGCAAUCUUCUUCAUCGGAGGCCUCAGCUAUACGCAGGAGAGAACCUGUACUGCCCUCAAGACAACGUAGAAGAGGCUCUUCUUCUCCUCUUAAUCAGUGAAUCUAUGGCCAACCGGGACGCAGUCAUCAGCCGUGCCCCGGAGCAGCAGGAUGACCGAGCCGUCAGCCUCCAGGAUGCCUCUGCAGUCUAUGACCUCCUCAGCAUCACGCUGGGCAGGAGAGGCCAGUACGUCAUGCUUUCUGAGUGUUUGGAAAGAGCCAUGAAGUUCGCAUUUGAUGAAUUCCACCUCUGGUACCAACUUGCUCUGUCCAUGGUCGCUUGUGGAAAGUCAGCAUAUGCGGUGUCAGUGCUCAAGGAGUGUGCUAAGCUGCGACCUGCAGAUCCCACCGUUCCUCUCCUGGCUGCCAAGGUCUGCAUUGGGCCCCUGCACUGGCUGGAGGAGGGAGAACACUUUGCUAAAAUGGUGAUAGACCUGGGCGAGGAUGCAGGAGAGUUCUUGGCAAAGGGUUACCUGGCAUUGGGCCUCACAUACAGUCUUCAAGCUACUGACGCUACCCUGAAGGGCGCUCAGGAUGAAUUAAACAAGAAAGCACUUAAGACUUUGGAGAGAGCACAUGACUUGGCGCCAGAAGAUCAUCAGAUCAUCCUCUACAUAUCACUGCAGCUGGCUCUUGUCAGGCAGAUUUCUGAUGCUAUAGAACAUCUUCAGGAAGCACUGAGACUGUGCAAAGAUGACAUGAAUUCUCUUCAUCUGCUGGCCCUCCUCUUUUCAGCUCAGAAACAUUAUCAGCAUGCCUUGGAUGUCAUCAAUAUGGCUGUUGCUGAAUACCCAGAAAGCUUUAGCUUACUCUUCACCAAAGUAAAACUGGAAUGGGUACACAAAGGACCUGAAGAGGCUCUGGUGACUUGCAGACAUAUGUUGCAGAUGUGGCAGACGGUAUAUAAUGUUUCACAGCACAGUGGCUCCGAGAAAGAAAGUAGUGUGACAGAAGUGCCAAUGAUCAAAAAGCAUAACGGAAUGCACCUCACAAUCCCGGAUGCUCAUGACACUGAUUCUGGAUCACAGCGAGCCUCUUCUGUUGCUGCAUCAAGACUGGAACAGGCCAUGUCUGAAAUAACCAUGCAGAGCACUGCACUGAAACAAGGACCUAUGCAGCUGUGGACAACUCUUGAACAAAUCUGGCUACAAGCUGCUGAACUCUUCAUGGAGCAACAGCAUCUCAAGGAAGCAGGCUAUUGUAUCCAGGAGGCAGCUAGUCUUUUCCCCACUUCGCAUGCUGUACUGUACAUGCGUGGGCGGCUUGCAGAGAUGAAAGGCAAUUUGGAGGAGGCCAAGCAAUUGUAUGAUGAGGCACUCACAGUGAAUCCAGCUGGAGUGGAAAUUAUGCACAGCCUGGGCCCGGUGCUGAGCAGGCUCGGGAGGAAGGACCUGGCGCAGAAGGUGCUGCGGGACGCCGUGCGGACACACAACACCAGCCACAGGGCCUGGAACAGCCUCGGGGAAGUCCUGCAAGCGCAGGGCAAAAACGAGGCAGCCGCGGAGUGCUUCCUCACCGCCCUGGACCUCGAAUCCAGCAGUCCUGUCAUCCCGUUCACUGUCAUACCCCGGGAACUUUGAAGCCUCGCCCUUCAGCUAAGCAUCUGCACUCAAAGGACAGGCAC